UUCCUUGUUAAACGUCUUUUGGUUCCUGCGUUGUCUUUUAUCACAAACAACCCUUGCUACAGUGUGUUCUUACAUAAAAAGGACACAUUAUUUUUCCUUUUGAUGAGUCUAAUUUCUUUGAGUGGAGGCGUUGGGUACUCUUUUCUUACAUGUAGCUGAAGUAGUGAACACACUAAGAAAUGAAGCAAAAAUGGUUUCGGGUCUAAAAUAGUUCUGGUUUCGAUUUUUAAAAGAGUUAACUAGGUUGUUACUGUUAUUAAUUUUAACCAAUUUGUGGUCAAAAUAAAAAAACAAGUCUAUCAAAUCCUAAUUAAAAAUUUUAAAAUUAAAUAAAUUUGUCAAUAAAGGAAAAAUAAAUCUAUCAAAUCCUAAUUAAAUCUAUUAGAAUUAAGUAACUAUGUGGCCUAAAGAAAAUAGAUUUAUCAAAUUAUAAUUAAAUCUGUCAAAAUGUAGUAAAUCUGUGGCCAAAAGAAAAAUAAAUCAGUCGAAUCUCAAUUAAAUCUCUCAAGUUGAAGUAAAUCUGUCAAAAAAAAAAAAUUUGAGAACGAUAGGUUAGAAAUGUUAUCUGUCAUGAAGUUUAUUCAUGCAAACUUUUUCUAUCUAUUUAUUCAUGUAAACAUUCAAAUUUUUAAUUUGAAAUCCUUUGUAGAAAAAAAAAAACAAGAGUAGACCAACUUGAGAAUGUAAGUACAAAUUUAGAAUAUUUUUUACUGCAUUUUGAAAGAAGGAAGCUAUAUUUCGCCGGAUCUGUGUUAAUAUCAGUGUUUUUAAAACCGGACCGGAAGCCGAACCGGAUUUUUUUGGGUCAUGGUUCAAUAUGGUUCGAUCUGGUCAAAUUUGGUUUAAUACUUUGGUUUAAUAUAUUUUUAGUAUAUAAAUUUUAAAGCAAUGUUAUUAAAUAUGAUACGUAACUAAAAUAUAAAUAAGUUUUAAACAUAAAACAUUAUAAAUAUAAGUUAGUUUUAUGUUUAAUUGAUGGUUUAUAGAUUUUUGAUAGGUUUAGUGGUUUUUAUUGGUUUAAUAAUUUUGAAAUCCAAUCUAUCUACGUGGUCGGUUCAUGGUCGAACCAAUUACUAAACCCAAUCCGGCUAUAUAAUCGGUUCAUAGUCGAAUCCGGUCUAACCAUCGGGUCGGUCCGGUUUUAAAAACACUGGUUGGUUAAUAUGUUUACUUUUUGACAUAUGAAAAUUCAAAAUGAUUAUCUGGGCAUUCUAGGCCCAAUAAUAUUCGUUAGCCCAUUUACAUUCUUCUCGUCAACUAUUUUCCCGCCAAAAUGAAUUGGGAACAGAGCUUUUUCACCUCCGUGAAAAGGGAAUAUCACAACUGUAAAAGAGUGAGAUUUUUUCAUGCUCCUCCAAAGACGACGGAACAUUCGCCGCUGUGCACUCCGACAUCGGCCUCUUCUUAGACAGACACGAAGAUGGAUCUCACGUGUCCAUUCUGUUCCGUGUGUUACAGAUUACAUAGAAGCUUCGUCAGCAAACAGACAAGAUGUCGAUGUUGUAACAAGAACUUCACCGCGCGUGAGACCCCUCUUCAAGGCCUUUCGUCUAAAGACAGUACACCUAAAAGGAUAUUGAGUCAAAUGCUCCGUGAAACACAUCAGCACCAUCCGGUUGCUCCUUCCAGUUCCGGUCCAAGCUUUUGGACUACGUGUCGAAACUGUGGGUGUAGACAUCGUUAUCUUAGAGUGUAUUUAGACAAAUGGUUCGUUUGUCCGAGUUGCAGGGAGGAAACCAUUGCGAUGGAAGUGCUUGCGAGAUCAGGCGAGGUUCUGUUCAACAAAUGGUUCCAAGAGUUUAGAUCCAUGUGUAAGAACGAGGCUGCGUCUGUCUCUGGAAAGAAAAGCUCUCCUGGUUCGAGAUGUGAUGUGAAGGUUGUUGGUGAGAAGAGAAAGAGGGAAGAAGAGGUUGCUGCUUUAUCUCAAAAUCACAGCAAGCCUGAUGGUGUUAUUGGUAGCGCUGUAGACAAUAACAGAAGAGGAUUCAAUGGUAAUGGAGAUGAAGCGUCAAGCUCUGGGGAUGCUAAGGUGGAUAACAACUUUGGUUUACGUGAUUCAAGUUCAGGAGGUGAUGUACAACCAAAGAUUGCUGGUCUGAAGUUUAACGACUUUGAUAAGCUGAGGGAGGAAGUAAACUUUGCAGUUGGCCAGGUUUGGGCUAUCUAUGACACAACUGAUAAGGUUCCUAGACAGUAUGCUCUCAUCAGAAAAGUUUCAGUUCCUUCUUUUGGGCUUAGGAUCACAUAUCUAGAGCCGGAUCCUGAUGAUGAGAAAGAGAUCCAGUGGUUUGAAGAAGACUUGCCUGUUUCUACUAGUCAGUUCAGGCUUGGGAAGAAUGAGAACACUCAAGAGCGUUCGUUAUUCUCACAUGUUAUCCACUGCAACGAAGGAAGCAACUCUGGUCACAUCACUCUUUCUCCAAGAAAAGGAGAGACUUGGGCUCUAUUCAAGAACUGGGAUAUGAACUGGUCUUCAGAGCCAGAUUCUCACCGCAAAUAUGAGUAUGAGUUUGUGGAGAUUUUGUCAGAUUAUUAUUGCACUGAAGCUGCUGGUGUAUCUGUUGCAUUCUUGCAUAAAGCAAAAUGCUUUGCAAGUGUUUUCUUCCGAAUGGGAACUGGUGAUGCAGAGACAUUGCACAUAUCACCUCACAGUUUGUACCGAUUCUCCCAUAGGAUCCCUUCCUUCAAACUGACUGGAGUUGACGUCAAAGGUCUGCCAAAGUAUGCUUACGAGCUGGACCAAGCUGCGUUACCUGCAACAAUCGAAGAGGUAACCGUCCCUUCACAUCUAUUACCAGAGUUUGCACCUCCAAAGCCAGAAGCUCUCUGCUUUCCUAUAAACGGAAAGGUUUUUAAAACUGGUCAGAUCUGGUCAUACAUCGGAUGCAAUGACAACAUGCCUAGGGACUACUGUAGGAUCCAUAAGAUCAGUGUGACUCAAACAUUUGAGCAGGCUCCAGUUUACAAAAUAGUCUCCUUUCGGUUAAAGCCCAAGCGUUUACCUGGGGAAGUCAUCAUCCCUUGGGAGGACAAGAAACUGCAUGUUAGUUGUGGAACUUUCUUGGUGACUAGAGUUCAUGUAGCACUCGCUCCUAAUAACUUUUCACAUCUGAUGGUGCCUCAAACCUCCAUGGAAGGAAAUGAAUAUACGUAUACCAUUCUGCCUAAGGUUGGCCAAGUGUGGGCGAUAUACAGAUUCUGGAAUGGUUUCCUUGAAGAAACCUAUGAGGACUACGUCAUUGUCGAAGUUCUUGAUGACGCCUUGGACUAUAAGGUGUUAGCGCUGGAGCCUGCGUUGCAGUUUAAUGGAGAUGAAGAGAGGAAGAGAGUUUUUGGAGCAGCUGAGAGUAGGCCACGUGAUUUUGAUGAUGGGGAUGAGGUGAUAUUUACAAUCCCAAAGUUGAAAGUGCUGAGAUUCUCUCAUCAGAUUGCUGCUUCCCGGGUGAUAAAGGAGGUAGAUGGAGAGUUGAAAGAGCUUUUUGAACUUGAUUCUACAGCAGUAUCUGUAUUGUGAGGUGACAAGAGCGUUGAGCAACGGGUGUCAGAGAAGGAUAAAGUCCCUUUAUAUUAGCUUUUUGGUGGAUUCUGACUCAAGGUUUGUUCUUGGUUUAAGAUCUAAAACCUUUAAAACUUAAAAGACUUUAUCCAGUGUUUUAUUUAUGUUUUUCGUUUGUUGGUUUAAAUCUAUGGAAGUUCAUGAA